GUGCUCAGAGUCUGAGAACAUGAGAAUCUUCAUAGCUGAGCGGAUGUGGGCGUAAUCCUUGGCGUCAUUCCGGCUGUCGCAGGACAUGCAGUUACCCUGCAAGCACCACACCAACAGAUGAUGGAGGAGCUACUCCAGUGCAAGACGAGCGAGACUCAGGAUCUGAUGUGGAAGAUGAAGGAAACGAACAACACUCUGGAUCGGAGAAUGGAAGUGUAGGGCACCAUUCAGAGGAGUAUGUGGGAGAAAUGACACUCAAAGGUAAUAAAACCUUUGAGACAGCCUAAUCAGUUCUUAACUUUAAAGAAAAGGGGAAUCCUGAGGAAUUACUUAUGUAGGUCUCAGAAUGAACACAGUGGUGGAGAAGAUGAUGGGCAAAUGGGAGAGCCUCAUAUGACAGACUCUGAAAAUGAAGAUAACCCAAGGCAAAAAGAAAGUGACUCAGAUAAUGAGGAGCCCCCAAAUCACAAUGUAAGUGAUUCAGAAAAUGAAGCAACUCAUGGAGGGAAAGACAGUGAUUCUGAUACUGAGGAUCAUCCAAACCGACAUUUAAGUGACUCUGAAAAUGAAGAGGCUUUAAAUCAUCGAGCGAGUGACUCUGACAAUGGAGACCCUCCAAGGGAUCACAGCAGUGAUUUUGAAAACGAGGAAUCCCACAAACAGCCAGCCAGCGACUCUGAGAGUGAGGAGCUCCAGAAGCAGCCAGCCAGUGACUCUGAGAGUGAAGAGCUCCAGAAGCAGCCAGCCAGUGACUCUGAGAGUGAGGAGCUUCAGAAGCAGCCAGCCAGUGAUUCUGAGAGUGAGGAGCUUCAGAAGCAGCCAGCCAGCGACUCGGAGAGCGAGGAUGUGUCCAGACACAAGCAGAUAGAGUCUGAAGAUAGUGAUGGGGAGGACAGGAAAGAAAAGGUGCAGAAUGACUCUCAUCAUUCAGAUAAUGAACAUGUAAGGAAAGGAUUUCAGGGCUCUGACAGUGAAGACGAAGCUCCUAAGAGACGUAAAAUAUCAGACAGUGAUGAAGAUGAGAAAGAGGAAGAAAAGACGGUGAAGAGGAAAACAGCCAUCCUUUCUGAUAGUGAGGAUGACAGUGAGAAAACACCUGCAAAAAAGGUACGAAUCCUUUCCGAUGUUGAAGAAUCGGAUAGUGACGCUGCUUCAGAGAAAUCUGACAAAAGGAAGAAAAAUGUUGUGUCCGAUAGUGAGGAGGAGGAAGAAGAAGAAGGAAAAGACAAUGCUGGGAAGAAAAAAGGGAAAGAUCUGUUUGGCAGUGACAGUGAAUCUGGAAAUGAACAAGAGAACCUGAUUGCAGAUAUAUUUGGAGAAUCUGGUGAUGAGGAAGAGGAAGAAUUUACAGGUUUUAACCAAGAGGAUUUGGAGGAAGAGAAAGGUGAUGGAGACAUGAAGGAGACAGCAGAUGAAUCAGACUCUGAUGAUAACAUCAAAAGAGGGAAGCACAUGGACUUCAUGUCAGAUUUUGACAUGAUGCUGCAGCGGAAGAAGAGCAUGAGCGGCAAGCGCAGGCGGAACCGCGAUGGGGGAACUUUCAUCAGUGACGCAGAUGACGUGGUCAGUGCCAUGAUUGUGAAGAUGAAUGAAGCUGCUGAGGAGGAUCGACAGCUGAAUACACAAAAGAAACCAGCACUAAAGAAAUUAACUUUGUUACCAACUGUAGUUAUGCAUCUUAAAAAGCAGGACCUCAAAGAAACUUUCAUCGAUAGUGGUGUUAUGUCUGCCAUCAAAGAGUGGCUUUCUCCUCUUCCAGACCGAAGUCUGCCAGCACUAAAGAUAAGAGAGGAGCUUCUGAAGAUCCUGCAAGAGCUGCCCAGUGUGAGCCAAGAGACCCUGAAGCACAGCGGCAUUGGACGGGCUGUGAUGUACCUGUACAAACACCCCAAGGAGUCGAGACCGAACAAGGACAUGGCUGGGAAGCUGAUCAAUGAAUGGUCUCGACCCAUCUUCGGCCUUACCUCAAACUACAAAGGCAUGACCAGAGAGGAGAGGGAACAAAGAGAUUUGGAGCAGAUGCCUCAUCGAAGGAAAAUGAGCAGCUCUGGUGGUCAGACUCCCCGCAGGGACCUGGAGAAAGUGUUAACAGGAGAAGAAAAGGCUCUCAGGCCUGGGGACCCUGGGUUCUGUGCCCGUGCGAGGGUGCCAAUGCCCUCCAACAAAGACUACGUGGUCAGGCCCAAGUGGAACGUGGAGAUGGAGUCCUCCAGGUUCCAGGGGACCUCUAAGAAAGGGGUGAGUCGACUGGACAAACAGAUGCGGAAAUUCACAGAUAUCAGGAAAAAAAGCAGAUCGGCCCAUGCAGUGAAAAUCAGCAUUGAGGGCAAUAAGAUGCCAUUGUGACCCUUCACAGAAUGCCCCAUGAGCUCUGCUGUAAGACAAUACACCCACAGACUCUUUGGAGACCUUUAAAUUUUUUAACUUGUUUGGGGUGGGUUUGGUUUUUUAGUUUGUUUUUUAAGUGAAUCCUUGAAUUGUUGAUUCAGGUUCUGGUAGAAGAUGUUGUCUGAGGACUGUGAAUAUGGGGACUCCUUUCUCCUGAUUGUAUUUAAACUGGCCCUGUCGUUUCGUUUGUACAGAUCAUGUAUUUGUUGUAUUGCAACACUUUAAAAAAUAAAACAUCUUCUGGUUUUUUUUGG